GCUCUUUCUCAGACACUGAAUGGCUUUGUGGAUUCUGUGGUGGCAGCUACUAAGCUUGUUCUGGAAUACCAGAAGAACAACUUUCAGUAUGAACUCAUACCUGACAAAGACAGAAGUUUAAAGGAUCUCUAUGCCCGAAAAAGCUGAAGCUAUUCUUACUGUCUUUCUGGAGAAAGCAGCCAAUACAGCUCCAGGCACGGAGGAUUUUGUUCAGCUGGACUGCAGAGCAAGUAUCUCACCAGUCAGACAAGACUGCCAGCUAAAUCAAUAGCCAGACAGAAAGGAGUGAACCGUGCAUAUCCCUUGAAACCAAUUUUUCACCACAAGGAUGCAAGUGUUCCAGUGGUCAACACAGCACAGCUCAGAAGUUACCCAUACAUAGAGGAAGCUCCAAAUAGUAGGCCUAGCUCAAUGAGCAAAGGGAAGACUCCAGCAGGGAGGUGUCAGCUAGCUGCAGUGCUCUCUCCUUGCACAGCAGAGUCUAAACAGUCAGCCUUCCAUUUAUACAGGAGAGAGCAGAACUACAUCCUAAAUUUGGAGGCCGAUGGACAGAACCUGGAAGAGGAAAUUCGAAAGAAAGAAGACCUCCUUAUAGAGAAGCUGAGGAGAACAAAGGAGGCGCUUAUAAGGAUUCAAAGAGAGAAGGAGCUUGUUGAGGCAGAGGAGAGAAGAGACAGAGAAGCAGAGAGAACCCAUGAGCAAAAGGCUGCAAGGCACCCUGAGAAGAAAAAUUUCAGCGUUGCAGUCAAGCCAGGUGAUGGGGUCUUCGGUGGGGUGCAGUCUGCAAAGGCCACUAUCCCCAAGCCUGGCACCACCCUCUAUCCCCAAGAGCUGGCUAUGGGGAAACUCAAGAAGGAGCGGCUGGUGGCCAGCAACAGCAAAAUUCGAGACCGCAUACCCACGGAGCAUUUAGCCUUUUGUUCAGUGCUGGCCCCAAAACAUAGGUCUUCUCCUUCUGCCCUCUCAGACCAAGAUUCUGAUGACCACCCAUCCACAGAUGUGCUGUACAUGCAGGCUGCUGGUGCUGUGGAGCAGGGGGGACUCGGACAGUGCAGCUUCUGUGGACGUAAGUUUCUCUGCACCAGGCUUGAGAAGUACAUGAGUAUCUGUGGCAAGAGCCAAGGCUCCAAGAGGAAAGUGUUUGACUCCAGCAAGGCCAGAGCUAGGGGCACAAAACUGUAACAGUUUCAGCAGUGGAAGAUCUCAGAGAGGCCUCAGAAUCAGCCACCCAGAAGGAACAACUGGAGGCAGAAGCACAAAAUUUUCAUCCAGACCCUGCGCCGGGCCCGCCAGGUGCAGUAAGUCCUCUCCAAGGGAUGGGAGGUGUCUGACCUGCCCCCGUUGCCUCCCAUUAAAAACCCAGACCACGUUCCCUGCCCCUACUGCAGACACCAGUUUGCUUCCUGAGCAGCUGAGACACAUAUUCCCAAAUGUAAAACCAUCAAGAAUAGGCCCCCACCCCCACCUCAGAGGAGACACUGCUGA